AUGGCUAGAUUCAUGAGUGGGUUGAACCAAGAUGUCCAGGAUAGGGUUGAGAUGGAGCAUUAUGUGGAGAUUGAAGAGAUGUUACACAAAGCAAUCUUGGUGGAAAAGCAACUCAAGAGAAAAAGUUAUACGCGGAUAACUUUUGGUGCUGGUUCAUCUAACUCAAAACCAAGUUACCAGAAGGAAGAAAAGUCAGUUGCUCUUCCAAAGGCUGAAGUGAAGCCAAUUGUUGCCAAUCAAGUUACCAAGGACAAAUCUGAGGCUACUAGAACCCGAGCUCGUGAUGUGAUGUGUUAUAAGUGUCAUGGGAGAGGACACUAUGCACAUGAGUGCUCCAACAGAAGAACCAUGAUUCUCUUGGAGAGUGGAGAGUUCGAAUCAGAAAAUGAAGAGGUAAUUUCUGAUUCACUAGAAGAACUUAAAGAAAUUCCAGCAAAAUGCGAGAUAUUGGUGGCAAGGAGGUCACUAAGUGUUCAAACUGCGAUUGUGGAACAUGAGCAAAGGGAGAAUCUAUUUCAUACAAGGUGCCAUGUCCGAGAUAAGGUAUGUUGUCUCAUAAUUGAUGGUUGGAGUUGUACUAAUGUGGCGAGUGAAACAAUGGUUAAGAAGCUUGGGCUGACUACGGAGAAGCACCCAAAUCCAUAUAAGCUACAAUGGCUUAAUGAUGAUGGUGAGAUGAAGGUUAGUAUCCAAGUAAAGGUUCCUAUUGUCAUUGGGAAAUAUGAGGAUGAGGUUUUGUGCGAUGUUCUACCUAUGGAGGCUAGUCAUAUUCUUCUAGGAAGACCAUGGCAAUCUGACUGGAGAACAAGCCAUGAUGGUUUCACCAACCGUUAUUCUUUUGAGUUCAAAGGCAAGAAAAUCAUCUUAGUUCCAUUGACACCUCAUGAAGUUUAUCAAGAUCAGUUGAUUCCUAGUACAGGAAAGAAACAAACACCAUGA